AUGACAACCAACACACCACCGCAACCCCCAACAAUGACCCCAGCAACACCAGCGCGCGCCGCCGCCCUCCUCUCAAAUCUAACAGCUGUGCGCGCGCGGGUGAGCACUGCCGCCCUCCAAUCUCCAAUCCCCAGCAAACCAGUCCGACUCGUCGCCGUCUCCAAGCUCAAGCCCGCAUCCGACGCACUGGCACUGCACCAAACCCCAGGAUCGCAACUCCACUUCGGCGAGAACUACCUUCAAGAACUACUCGAGAAAUCGCGCCUGCUACCUGCAAGUAUCAAAUGGCACUUCAUCGGCGGGCUGCAGAGCAACAAGUGCGUAACACUUGCGCGGGACGUUCCAGGGCUGUGGGCAGUCGAGAGCGUAGACUCGGAGAAGAAAGCGAAGUUGCUGGAUAAGGGGUGGGGGGAUCGGGGUCCUGAAAUGGCUGCUACGAACCACGACGAGGAUGGGAGGCUGCGGAUCUAUGUUCAGGUUAAUACGUCUGGCGAGGAGAAUAAGGCUGGUAUUGAGCCUGCUGGCGCGGCGGCACUUUGUCGAUAUGUUCGUGAACAGUGUCCCCGGCUUAAGUUGCAGGGUUUCAUGACUAUUGGGGCUAUUGCGAGAUCACGGGUGACAACGGUGGAGAAUGAGAAUGAGGAUUUUGUUUGCUUGAGGGACACGAGGGAUCGGGUUGUUAGGGAGCUUGGGUUGGUUGGGGAUGAGGCUGCGUUGGAGCUUAGUAUGGGUAUGAGCUCGGAUUUCGAGGGGGGCGAUUGCUCUUGGUAG